AACUCAUUCGCCUGCUGCUCUUAUUUCAGGUGUCACAAAAAAUGGGUCUUCAAAAUAGAAAAGAGAGACAUCACUGCUGGAUGGUCCCACCACACCAGGUGACUGGGGGUCAACACCAGGAGGGCGGUGACUUCAUCAAACCCAGAAAGCUGUCAAAUCCCAUCCUGGCUUCCCACCAGCACGCAGCUCUUCACCGGGAGCUGCUAUUCUGCCACAGACGAGGUCUACUGCCCAGAAGGAAGCCGGAGCUGCAGUGUGUGCUGGAACACAAACAGAGAGAGCGGCACAAGCAGAGGGAGCAGGCCCUCUCUCCUCCCAGUGACUUGGAGGUCAAGCUACGCACGAGGCAGCAGAAAAUGCAAGUCUAUGAGCUGGAGGAGAAGAAGAGGAGCGAGAGGCUGCAGAACGUACCGGAGUUCGUUCGUGCAAGAGGGACCCUGAAGCGUACCCAGACGUUUUCCUCGUGACGACCAGCGCAAAGGGACAAAUAGUUAACAGACGAAUUCCUGCCAUCAGUUAACAGGAGGAUCGUCCUUGAUUGACAAC